GUGGUGUUGGCAUUGGUUAUGUUUGUGUGAUCGCGUACUUGUGUGCGCACGCUUCUGACUGUUUUCGCCUGUUUGUGAUUGGCUUUCGUGAUGUCAUUUGUGACUUGACUUCGCUGGUGUGCGUCUGUCAUUUUGUGGUUUGCCUUGCCAUUGUGUGUGUGUGUGUUUAUAUUUGUUUGCGUGCCUGUGUGUUGUUCUGUGGUUGCCUCUCCCUGGUCAGUAUUUUUAUUUUCAGGAAGUGAUUCCGGUGCUGGGGGCCAAGCACUGCAUCAUGCAGGCCAACGCCGAGUUGUACCAGAGCCUUGUGGCCAAGCAGAAGAAGCGUUUUGGAGAGGAGAUUGCUCGCCUGCAGCACGCAAAAGAGCUGGUGAAGACCCCUUAUGAUGAGUACGUGAGCGUUAAAGACCUGACAGACAAGAUCAACCGAGCGCUCACCGCUGCCAAAAAAGACAAUGACUUUAUCUAUCAUGACCGUAUUCCUGACGUCAAGGAUCUGGAGCAUAUCGGCAAGGCAACAUUGGUCAAACCCACUGCCAUCACACCGCCACUCAGCCAGAAAUUCACAGACUUGUUUGAGAAGAUGGUUCCCAUGGCGGUGCAGCAUUCCAUGAGCAUUUACAACCAGAGGAAGGCUGAGACUGUGAACAGACUGGUGGGAGCAAUGAGGGAGUCGACCAACCUCUGCAACGGGUAUGUCGUCCUGUGUGACACAAAGCAGCGUUACCAGGAAGUUAUAAAUAAUUUACAGGAACG